CAAUAAAAAAAAACAUUUAGAAACUACAACCAUUUUUCUGUCAUUGCAGGCUUAAAAGUAAUUGAACAAAGUAACAAUUAUAAUUAUAUAGUUUUUAAUACUUGAAUGAAAAUCCUAGUAGUCAAUGAUUGUCAUCACUAAAUGAUGAGUUUCCUCUCUUGAAAUGCUUAACCAGGUCUUUACUGCAGAUGUGACCCGUUGUUACUUGUUUGUGGGUCUUUCAGUCAUCAAUUUUGUCUUAAGUAAUAUAAAAAGCAAGCUUUUGAGUUGCUUUUACACUUCUGCAUCAUUGUCCCACUAUUUAAUGUAAAACACUGUUGAAUUUGUCAGGGUUCAAACCAGUAUCAACUGCAUGACUGACAGGGGCUCUAGCUGUCUGCCACAUAGAGGUGUGUGAAUGCAGUUGCAGAGACUCAGAAACAGUGAAAAAUUUUACAUGUCCAAAAAGAACCAAACAGAAACCCCCUAAAAUAUAUUUAUCAAAAAAUCCUAGAAAAGGGAUAGCAAAAUCAGUUUACAACUACAAAAGGAAAAGUCAAGAUCUUUUCAGGAACUCAGGAAAACAGCACUGUUUCUGCCCGCUGCUGCCACCUGCCUCACUCAUUUAAACUAUUUACUUUUUUUUUUUGCUCAAGUUUAAUAUACAGCAUAUGUUUACAUACUAGAAUUCAGGAAAUUUGGAUUGUUAUAUGCAUUUAACCUUUUUUAUUGAAGGGUCCAAAUGAUUUGUAUGGUGUUGUGGUGAAGCAUUGUGGUGAGAGGGUGGAAACCAGUGUUUUGUACUAGUGAUGUCCAUUAAGACCAAUGAUCUCAUUAUUUUUUCAAUUACUAUGUAUGAUUUCCUUAAUUUGUUUAUUUUAUUUAUUUUUUUAACUGCUGUAAACUGAAUGAACUAUUUAGCUUUAUUUAUUUCUCUGGUUUCUGUUUGAAAGGUAGUGAAUUAUCAGGAAGACAUCUGCCUGGGGCUUACUGCAGGAGAAACAGAAAAGUAGAUCUAGAGUUGUAAGGGAAAUAACAAGGACCACCAUGGCUAGCACUUUUGGAGACGUCACAAAGAUCGACACAACUGGAGCAUCAGAAACAACAGCUAAACAGGACAAACUCUCUGUAAAAGGGGUGGAUGCUUCAUAUAAGUUGGCUGGGAAUGACCUGAAGAGGAUGGAGCAGUACAAGAACAUCAUCAUCAAAACUGGCAGAGCUAAGCAGAUGGACCCGGCUGUGAUCGCCGGCAUCAUAUCCAGAGAGUCCAGAGCUGGAUCAGUUCUCGUGAAUGGCUGGGGAGAUCACGGCAACGGCUUUGGACUCAUGCAGGUUGACAAGCGGCACCACAAAGUCCUAAAGGGAGCCUGGAACAGCGAGGAGCAUCUCAUCCAAGGCACUGAAAUUCUAAUACAAUCCAUUAAAGAUAUUCAAAAGAAAUUUCCCAGCUGGACCAAGGAGCAACAAUUUAAAGGAGGAAUCGCAGCCUACAACGCUGGUACAGGAAACGUCCGUACAUAUGACAAUAUGGACAAAGGCACCACAGGAGAUGAUUACGCCAAUGAUGUGGUGGCUCGGGCUCAAUGGUUUAAACGCAAUGGCUUCUAAGCAGUAUUUAUGUUCUCUUCGAAUGCUGCAUAGCUGGCAUAUUUCUGUGGCUACAUAACGAUAUAUGCCAUAUUUCUUUUUAACUAGAAUCUUAACCUUUAAAGUAACUGGGAUUUUUUAUCAACUUGUGUCUUUUUCUUGUCUUAAGCACUUAUGUGAACUGUUGAUUUGCACUUGGCAACAAUUGCCAUUGGGAUUGCUUUUUUUUUUAUAUAUGUAUCUGUGUAAGAUGAUUUCUGCAGAAAAUUAGAAGAGAGUUUUCAUUAAAGCAAUGAAUAAUA